UAUGUUUCAGGGUGGGUAGUUCAUUUCUUCAGAGGGGAACACAGUGCUGGACACCAAGAUGCAGUUCAUGCUCUUAUUCAGCCGACAAGGCAAGCUCAGGCUUCAGAAAUGGUACGUGCCUUUGUCUGAUAAGGAGAAAAAGAAGAUCACCAGAGAGUUGGUGCAGACCGUCCUCGCUCGAAAGCCCAAAAUGUGCAGCUUUCUGGAGUGGAGAGACCUCAAGAUCGUAUAUAAGAGAUAUGCCAGUCUGUACUUCUGCUGUGCCAUCGAGGACCAGGACAACGAGCUCAUCACACUGGAGAUCAUCCACAGAUACGUGGAGCUGCUGGACAAAUACUUUGGAAGUGUGUGUGAGCUCGACAUAAUUUUCAACUUUGAGAAGGCGUACUUCAUCCUGGAUGAGUUCCUGCUGGGUGGAGAAGCUCAGGAGACGUCCAAAAAGAACGUGCUGAAGGCCAUCGAGCAGGCCGACCUGCUGCAGGAGGAUGCCAAAGAAGCAGAAACCCCGCGCAGCGUGCUGGAGGAAAUUGGCCUGACAUAAACAUGUUCCUCUCCGUCAUCCACACACACGCUUCAUCUGCCAGCUGCUGUAUGUAGCCGAUAACAACCCCAAUUCACCUUCGAGCACACUCAACCUCACAAUCAUACACACACAACUCUGCCUUUGUUUGACCUUUUUUCUGAGACAAUGUAGCACUGUUUGGGCAUUUCCUGCUGAGUUAUUUAUUUUUUCCUGUGUGAUGACGUUAAACUGUUUCAAAGGGAAAAUGCGGCAUAAUUUAGGCUUUUAUUUUUUGCUGCUUCUCAGUCCACAUGAGGACGCUGUACUGAGUGAAAUGCUUGAAUCCGAUUUGACCAAAGCUGAUGUGAUGGCUUUACUCUGUGAAAUAUAUUUCAUUAUUUCAGAUCUACUUUUAAAUAUGUAGAAUAGCAUAUAUUGUAAAAAGGAAAGUCAAAAGUAUUACAUUAACAGAACCAAAGAGUUAUGUUUCAUCUGCAUUGUGUUUAUGGUAAACUUGACUGUAGUUUCGAGCACAACAUAUUUGGCAUUUGAGAUAAAUAUCCACUUUAUUUACACUGGAAUGCACCGCUGUAGUCUGAAGUGAAACCACCGCAUGAACUAAUUUAAAGAAAGAAAAUGUUUAUGUCAUAUAACGGGUUUUCUCUCAGUUUACAGGCCACUAGGAUACCACUUAGAGGGUAAGUUUGAUAUUUUUCAACUUGGAUCCUCUACCCAUGUUUUUUGUCGAGGUUACUAACAGGAUCAACAAUUUUUGCAGUUGGUCUGGAAGCCGAUUUCAAAAGUUUGCAUUUUCAGGCCCACAAAAUACUGUUCUUGUGUGAAUGAAAGGCCAAACAGCAACAAAAGUUUAACGUUUCAUGCAAAAAAAAGCACUUAAAGAGGAUUUACAAACACACCCAGAGUGGUUACUUUGCAGCCUGUUUCACAGCUGACGGCAGUCCUCUCAAUUUUGACCCAAUUCAAAAAUUGUUGUUCACAUUAGUUGUUUAGAUGCAAAAACAUGGGAAAGUAGGGUCCAGGUUGGAAAAUACGGAAGUUACCUUUUAAUGUUGAAUGCCUUAAUUGCUUACGGAUGUCAAUUCAUUUUAAAAUAAAGAAACACAAUUUUAUUUAUUAUAAUUUGCAUGCCGAUGCAAUGUAGCAGGUAAAUACACUGAGUUUAUUUAAUCAUGUGUGCAAGACCUAAAUUCACUGUUUUCUCUUUGUGUUUACUACUGUGCUUUUAAAAAAAAUGUGAUGAAAACAUCUCACUGAAUCGGCGAUGAAACUAUCAAUGAUGGAAAAUAUCUAAUCAGUGCUGUCAGGGCUAAAAAUUAAGACACGGUGAUUAGUUAAAGCUGCAUUAAUCGUUUUUUUGUCCACAAUUGGGCAAAUGAACUCCAAAGACAGCUGAAGAAUACACAGUCCUAAAAAUGUGUCACCUCAUAAAGCUGUUAUGGAAAACAUUGAUGGAUAAAUUACCUACUUGAACAUCCAUCAGAGCAUGAUCAUCUCAUGGGGAUCGCGUUGCUGGACUGGCACUGUUUCCUGUCCUUUAGCUCACUGAACCAUACAAUGAUGCUUAACCCACACGUAGACAGGUAUAUUUUAUUUUUUUGUGAUCAAAUUUUAAUUUUUUUUGUGCAGAGUAUAUUAAUACAUCAUUUAUCCAUAUGUGCCUCUUUGUUUUACAAAUUUUGUGGGCAUUGAUACUACAGAAAGAAAGUAAACCUUCUGUCUAAUCCUCCCCUUUGAAUGACCUGUGAUGUCAAAGUUGUGUCAUUUAAAACAGAUUUU